AUGCCCCACGCGGCGCCAGCCACCGUCAUGUCGGCCCCGCCGCGCCACCCUCACUUCUACACCGUGGAGGUCGGCGACACGCGUUUCACCAUCCUCAAGCGCUAUCAGAACCUCAAGCCGAUCGGAUCCGGCGCCCAGGGCAUUGUGUGUUUUGGUGACACAGUGUUCACAAUACCGACGCGGUACACAGAGCUAGUGCGGCGCGGCGCCGGCGCCCAGGGCAUGGUGUGUGCCGCGUACGACACGGUGACGCAACAGAACGUCGCGAUCAAGAAGCUGUCGCGGCCCUUUCAGAACGUGACGCACGCGAAACGCGCCUACAGGGAGUUCAAGCUCAUGAAGCUCGUCAACCAUAAGAAUAUCAUCGGUCUCCUCAACGCCUUCACACCGCAACGGAGCCUCGAGGAGUUCCAAGACGUGUACCUGGUGAUGGAGCUGAUGGACGCGAAUCUAUGCCAAGUGAUCCAAAUGGACCUGGACCACGAGAGGAUGAGCUAUCUCCUGUAUCAGAUGCUGUGCGGUAUAAAGCAUUUGCAUCUCGCCGGGAUCAUUCACCGGGAUCUGAAGCCAUCAAAUAUUGUGGUGAAGAGCGAUUGCACUCUGAAGAUCCUGGACUUUGGUUUGGCCCGCACGGCCGGCACAACCUUCAUGAUGACACCAUACGUCGUCACCAGAUACUACCGCGCUCCGGAGGUGAUUCUGGGCAUGGGUUACACAGAGAACGUGGACAUUUGGUCCGUGGGCUGCAUCAUGGGCGAGAUGAUACGCGGGGGCGUUCUCUUCCCAGGGACCGAUCACAUUGAUCAAUGGAACAAGAUUAUAGAGCAACUGGGCACCCCCUCGGCGGCGUUCAUGUCCCGCCUGCAGCCCACCGUGCGCAACUACGUGGAGAACCGGCCGCGCUACGCCGGCUACAGCUUCGAGCGCCUCUUCCCCGACAUCCUGUUUCCGAGCGACAGCAACGAGCACAACAGGCUCAAGGCCUCGCAGGCGCGCGACCUGCUGUCCCGCAUGCUGGUCAUCGACCCCGAGCGGCGCAUCUCCGUGGACGAGGCGCUGCUGCACCCCUACAUCAACGUGUGGUACGACGAGGGCGAGGUCAACGCGCCCGCGCCCGCGUCGUACGACCACUCGGUGGACGAGCGCGAGCACACGGUGGAGCAGUGGAAGCAGCUCAUCUACCAGGAGGUGGUGGAGUACGCGGCGCCGCCGCCCGCGCCCGCCCACCCGCCGCCGCCCGACCACGCGCAACCGGCGCUCACCACA